CCGUUCAAUGGCCAGCAGAUUCCGCGGUCAAGCCAGAUUCAUCCAUCGCUACUUGAAUACAAACUUCAAGGACAUCGUCAUUAUUGAGUCCUCAAAGGCACAUUAUGGCAGUAAAGCUUUAUAGACCCAUAUGGAGCUGCUUUUAUUUUAAAACGACAACAGAAUCUCAUUUCAUAAAGUAGCAGUUUAUUACAGUAGCAUGCCAAUACUAUACACUUAAAAAAUGCUAUUGCUUCCUUACCUCAAGAUAACCGCCACUUCCACACCGCUAUCGAAGAAAGAAACCAGCUUUGCUAUCUUUAUAUCCGCGUUACUCUUGAUCUACAAACACCAUACUACCAUCGUCGCGUUCGUCCGCGCGUCCUUAUGUUUCUAUGAUACGCAGAUGAUCCAAUGUAUAAUAAUGCACGUGUACCGUUGCUGCUGGUGCUCGUAAACCAUGUACUUGACAGGGAUCCGUUUCAAUCGAGGGGCAUUCAAUGACGUUGAAAGAAAAAGUAAUUUUUCGAGUGUUGCUCGAGUGGUGUUCAAAAGGUUGCAAGAUUCGGAAAAGCUGGAAUCUGAUGGAGCGUGUACGAGAUGGCAUUGAAGCAGUUCGAGUGUUGGAAUCGUGGCCAGUAGUAAGCUAGUAAUUAAAAAAACAAGCAGAGGAGAAGGAAAUGAAAUAGCGGAAGAGAUGCAGAAGUGUCCUUUUGUAAUUAAAAUUUCUUUGUGGAGUGCUAAACACGGCACUCACGACCAUGGAUGCUAACUCCUUUUCAUAUUUCCUUACGUUCCU